GUUACACAUUUGCGCGAUAUCGGAGGCCCCGCCCCCGCCGCGCGGAUGGUUCGCUCCACUCCGCCGUGAGCUGCUUGUUCCUCCGCCACCGCCGUUUGGACCCGAUGAACGAAACCGUUUCGAAUAUUUACGCUUCGGACCCGCGGAAGAGUCAUGCAUUGCGGAUUUCCACGCGUGUUCAGUCGCUUUUAAUAGUUUGAGAUACUUCUAACGCUACUUGAUCAGGUCGUGUAUCGCCGAUCGCGGACCAGAGUGACGGUGUGUCCAGUCCCAUGUUGCAGCCGAACCAGGACGAACAUGCCCGCUCAAAAGAUCCGGUGAAAUACGGUGAACUGGUGAUCCUCGGGUAUAAUGGCUCUCUGCCAGGCGGAGAUCACGGUCGGAAGAGGAGCCGCUUUGCUCUUUUCAGGAGGGCAAAAGCCAACGGCGUCAAGCCGAGCGCUGUGCACAUCCUCAGCAACCCACACGACAGCAAGGCGGUUAACAGCAGGGGUCAGCACAGCAUCUCCUUCACUCUCUCCAGGAAUCAGACAGUGGUUGUGGAAUACUGCCAUGACAACAACACCGACAUGUUCCAGAUCGGCCGCUCCACUGAGAGUCCUAUAGACUUUGUGGUGACCGAUACACCCGGCGGCUCAAAAGAGAGCGAAGAAUCUUCGUCUGCACCCAGUACCAUCUCUCGCUUCGCCUGCAGGGUGGUGUGUGACCGGAACCCACCUUACACCGCCCGAAUCUACGCUGCUGGCUUUGAUUCCUCCAAAAACAUCUUCCUCGGGGAAAAAGCUACAAAAUGGAAGAAUCCGGAUGGUCACAUGGAUGGACUGACGACCAAUGGGGUGCUUGUGAUGCACCCUCAGGGUUUUCCAGAAGAUCCUACUCAGGGUCUGUGGAGAGAGAUAUCGGUCUGCGGGGACGUCUACGCCCUCCGAGAGACCAGAUCCGGUCCUAUGCGCGGACAGCUGGCUCAAGGCGAAAGCAGCGCUCUGCAGGACGGUUCUCUGGUGGAUCUCUGUGGUGCCACGCUGCUGUGGCGCACGGCUGAAGGCCUGUUAAAAGCGCCCACCCUGCGACACCUGGACGCCCUGCGUCUAGAGCUGAACGCCGCUCGCCCGCAGUGCCCCGUGGGUCUGAGCACGCUUGCCUUCCCCAGCCUCCCCCGCAGCCACAGUCUGGAGGAACGUCAGCCAUGGGCUUACCUAGCCUGUGGCCACGUUCACGGCAGACACGACUGGGGGCAGCGACCCGAACGCCACCGGGAACGUGAGGAAGGGUCCUGCGGAGGCACCGGGGGACGUCGGGAGUGCCCUCUCUGUCGGACGGUCGGGCCUUACGUUCCCCUGUGGUUGGGUUGCGAGCCCGCCUUCUACGUGGACGCAGGUGCCCCCACACACGCCUUUGUGCCCUGCGGUCACGUGUGCUCGGAGAAGACGGCCAGGUAUUGGGCGGAGACGCCGCUGCCACACGGGACCCACGCCUUUCGACCCACGUGCCCAUUCUGCUCGGCCCCGCUGUCGGGCAGCGCCGGUUACACGCGCCUCAUCUUCCAGGGUCCCAUUGAUUGAUAAGGUGGCCGAAGGAGGGGAGGAGGGGGCGUUAGUUACACUAGAGGCUGUAUUCUGACCGUGAUGCCUGUGCCAAUGUUUUAUAUUGUUAAUGUGAAUUCGCAUUAUGUAUUUUUGUUUAAGCGCACAGAUCGCUCGGCAUUGGUGAGUUAUGCUGCCUUCAAGUCAGAAUGAUGGAUGAGACGAUUGUAUGUACCAGAAAGAAAGGUUUUCAGUGUUAAUUGAGAAACCGCGAUAGACGCAAAUUCGCAUACCAAUAUAUUGAUCAACGCAUGUUUUUAAAAUGUGGGAAACCGGGACCGGAUUUGCAAAGCAUUCUUAAGAAGAAAAUUCUUCGUAACUGCCAUAUAUCCUAAGACAUGUCGGAAUGUUAUGUAUUCCCAACUUCCUAAGACUGUUCUUAACAUUCUUGUACUUGGGUUUUUAGAAGAAUCCAAAUUUUCUAAACGUAAAUGUCCACUUAAAGUAAAGUCUUAAAUCAAGUAUAUUUUAUACUAUAUUUGGUUGUUUCACAUGUGACAACAUGUAUCGCAUUAAGCCAGAAUCCCAUUUUAUUUUAUUUUUACUUGCCAAUGAGGAGUUUUUAUACUGAUAUAAUAAUGAGUCUUUCAUCAUUAAAAACAGAGUGCUUUUUACAUGAAGUGACUCGAAACGGAGAGGGUCACAAAUAUUUUCGAGUCGUAACACAAACAUUAUUAUAAAAAAUAUAAUAUUGUAACGCUUGCUAACAUGCUGAAAGAUCGUAAACGUCGUAGGACACGUCACAUAAUAAUGUGAGGUGCUUGUUUAUAUUUAUUGUAUAGAUGAAUAGUUACCUCACAAGCAGGCAUAUUCUCACAAAAAAACUGAUGUUUAUAGAUCUAGCUUCUUGAGAAAUGUGUGUGAAUCAUACAAACAUUCAUUUUGAACUUCGUAUAAUUUAUCUUAAGAAAAAUCCUAUAUUUUGUCUUAAGGCUAAAACACACUACAAGACUUGCUCAGAUUUUGCCCAGAUUUUUAGUCUGGACUUGUCGCAGAAAGUCUGUGCCAGACUGCAGAUUUGAUCAGUUAGUGUGUUUCUAUCUGUGUGUAUGAUGUCUAGUUUAAACAUAAAAUCUGUUCAGAUUUAAAAUGUCUUGUAGUGUAUUGCAGCCAUUAAGGACAGUUUUAUGAAUUGGGCCCAGCUCACUAAAAAAAGUGACUACCUUAAGUACAUUUUUUACUUCAGUUGUUAUCAAAUUUGAUCAUAUUUUUAUGUCCCAUUUUCUUGUGUUUGAUCUUUAACUCUUUCUCUCUCUCCCUCUCUUUCUGUCUCUAUUCUCCUUUCUUUGUCAAUCUCUCUCUCUGUUGGUGAGCCUGAUUUGAUUUAAGCCAAACUCACUUAUUUUAUAUUUUAUAUUUGUUUGUGCAUACAGUUUAGUUUAAAAAGAUGAUUUCCCGACAAAAAUCAUCCAUAGCUUCUUUUUGCUUUAUUUAUUUCUACAAUUUUGAUUUUGAAUUCUCUCUUUUUAAUUAGAUUUAGUGUGACGUCUUUUGAAGUGUAUCCUGUCACCUGCUGUCACCACUAAAUGACUACAUAACUAAAUAGCCUACAAUGAAAAUAUACAAUGUUGUAUUGUUGAUAAGUUUCCCCGAUUGACUAACCAGUAGCUUGACUAGUUAAAAUGACGUUAGUUUUUGCGAAGCGGAAACAGAGACAAAUAAUCACGUGAUUACGAAUGCAAACUUCCCAGAAGGACUUGAAGGCAGCAUUGAUUUUUCAUACAAUCUUAAGUCGUCUCCUUGAGUCCAAAGAAACGCAGUAUUAUAGUGUGACGGCCUUCACAUCGUCAAUGGCUUUUAAUGGCAAGAUCGCAGUUAUGCUAUGGUGAAACUAAACUUCUUUCUCCCUCCUACGGCCUCCUUCACAGUACGUGACCGAUCUCACACAACACGCUAGACAGCACAACUCCUUUAUGACACUUGAUUUCUUUUUUUAGCAAUAAACAGUAUAGAAGCUACUAGAUUACACAGAGAGAUGCAAACGGUUCGAGCCAUGUGCUUCCUAUAGCUUAUACCUUGAACAUGGCUGAAUCCGGCCUUCGCGUGAUGUGUUUCACACCUCACGAGAAGUCUAGCCCUCGUGGUUUUGUUUUAUAUCGUUCUUUCCUUUAUAGAUGGUUUUAGCGUUUAAAUGAAGUCGGCGUAUGUAUCGUAGUCGUCGAGAUGUCUUAUUUUUCUACAUGACUGUGUUACUUAACUUUUGACCCAGGGUCAGAUUGUUUUAUAUACGGUGUUUCACAUAUAGCAGUAUAUAGAUUCUAUAAAUAUAUAUCGAUUAUUUUAUGUACAUGAUAUGAUUUGAGUCCAGGAGAGCUUGCUGAUAAUGAUGACACAAUGACUCUGUGUUCAGUCAGAGAAGAUACCCAGUACUCCAUCUGUUGACUAAGAUGAUGAAUGUACAAUUCCAGUGGUUACUUUCUCUGAUCUCCCUGGUGCUAUCGUUCAGUUGGCUCUCCGGCGAACUUCACUGCACUCCUUCUUUCACUCUAAAAAAAAAACCUAACGCUCGAUAAAAGCUUUCUUCAAUAAGUGCAUAACGUUUAACCUCUGAUGUCGGUCAAGUUGCUGACGGUGUUAUUGAUGAAAGUGAUUGUGUUACGUUAAUAUAUUUGGCUUCACUGUCACACGCGCCUGCACUGUGCACCUCUGAACAUUAUUAACUAAGCACUUGACUAAGCUUUAUAUCGCAGGGUUUAGAUAUAGAAACGCUCGACUUUACCUCACAAGCUUUAGCAGAGACCUCAGUUUAAGACCCUAUUUUUUUAUCCACGGGAACGACGACCAUGGGCAGUUGGGAUUAUUUUUUACCUUUUUAAAAGUAUGUGCUGUGCCCUUAACGUUGCGUUUGCACGAUUCGGAAUCCACUCUUUAUUAAAAAGAUUCGCUGAGAGCUGGAUUCGGUGCACACUUGAUUCUUUGCUUACUUGAUUCAAAGUUUCCAUACGCUCUGAUUCGGUGCUCGCUUAAUUUCAGUGUGUGCUUGAUCUAUAGAUUUAGUGCUUACUUGAUUCAGAACGCUCUUGAUUCAUCGAGAUCUUGAUUCAGUGCUCGCUUCAUUUUAGUGUGCGCUUUGAUUCAUGGAUUUGGUGCACUCUUGAUUUGUGCAUACUUUAUUCAUUGCCCUCUUGAUUCAAUGCAUACUUGACUCGGUGCUCUCUUGAUUCAUGCAUACUUUAUUCAUUGCACUUAAUCAGUGUGGGCUUGAUUUGUAGAUCCAGUGAACUCUUAAUCAAUUUGCGCUUGACUCUUAGAUUCAUUGCCCUCUUGAUUUAACGCAUGCUUGAUUCUGUAUGCUUUAUUACGAGUGCAAGUUCGAUCCACUGCUCACUCGAUUCAUUGUGCGUAGUGUAAGCUUGUUGAAAGAUUCAGUGGGCACUUGAUUCAAUGCGCAAAUGAUUUAGUGCAUGCUUGAUUCAGAGUCCACAUUCGAUCCAGUGCUCGCUCGAUUCAGUUUGCAAUAGAUUCAAAGAUUCAGUGGGCUCUUGAUUCAAUAUGCUUGAUUAAGUGAUUCCUGAUUCAGUAUGUGCUUAAUUCACAGCGCAUAUUAGAUCCAGUGCUCGUUUGAUUCAGUAUGCGCUUGAUUGAAAGAUUCAGUAAGCUCUCGAUUCAGUGUGCUCUUGAUCAGAUGCAUGCUUGAUUCAAUGCAUGUUUGAUUUAGUGUGUUCUGAUUCAGUGUGUUCUUGAAUCAGAGUGCACAUUCGAUCCAGUGCUCGCUCGAUUCAGAGAUUCAGUGGGCACCUGUUUCAGUGUGCACGCUUCAUUCAAUGCACACACUUUUUUUAGUGUGCACUUGAUUCGGAGGGUGCUUGUUUGUGCCAUUCUUAAAACAUUUUCAAGGCAUACAACAGGACUUAGCUGCAGUGGCCCCGUUUCUUUUCUCAAGUCCUACAGUAAAUGAAAAGUUUAAUAUAAAUGAGAAUUCCGUUCACUUAUCCCGUUUCAAACCUGUAUGCUUUAAAUUCCCAGUGAAGGGCAGACGUUCAGUUCAUGUGCGUCUUUUCCGGUUAAUGGAAACUACAUCUGUUACCUCCAAAAUCUUCAAACCGAGACUUUUGUGUUCCAGGGAGAAAUAACGGCAAACAGGUUUUGGAAAAACACGAGGUGAGAGAAUUUUCAUUUCUGGGUGAACGUGUAAUAGAAUUGAAAGUGUGCGUUACGUAGAAUCUAUGCUUCAAGGGGUGUAGCGGCAAAUUCAGCUCUUGUGUUAGUGAAGGACGGUUUGUAGUCUUCCAAACAACCUCCAGAGAAUGCUGUUCUUGUCCCAUUCUUGACCUGGGAACAGGUCAGCUCAGGUUUACACUAGUCAAAGUUUACACAAGUUCCAGGGUCUGUUAGCCGAGUGUCGUGCAUGUGCCUGUAUCGCCAGCAGGAGAGGCGUUUCCAGUGCAAAUUCAAAACUUAUGUAAAGCUGUAUGUUCAGUAUCGACCGGUUGGGAAAGAUUUGUCUCGCUGGUCUUUACCGGACCUGAGAAAUGACACACUGGAUCUGUUGUCUUCAUCCUGAGAGUCUGUGUUUCUUUGUAGGACUUCUGUAUAUUCUUCUGGAUAUAGUCCCACACUGGAUGCUUUGAAUCUCUUAUAAUUAAAGAAAAACUCUUGGUUGGAAUUAAUGAUUGAAAUGUGAUUGGUCUGCUGUCAUUAAACGGUUUGAGUGUUGUCAGAUUUUGUUUUCUAUAUGAAUGAGAUGUCAAAAUACUGCACCUUGUGUUUGACCCGUUGAAUAAAUCACAUCUUUCUCAGAUAAGAAUGGAGACUUUAAGCACUGCCACACCGCACAUAAACCUGUACAGCUGCUCCUUCACAAAGCAGACCGGCCAAACUAAUGCCCAAACCCAAGGUGCACUGACAAUCGCAUACCAUGAAUAAAAGUUUUCUUUUCAAAAUA